AUGAUCGUCAACAUCCAUGGUCGAUAAUGUCUUUACUUCGAAAGUAAGUAGAAUUAUUUUGUGCACCUAGAAACAGCAAAUACUGUAGUAUCGUGUACGUAGAUUGUUGCUUGCUUGAUACUGUUUCAAGGCGUAUCUGCUGCAGCGUUAUCACUCACCAACAGACAGUCCUGGUUCAACAUUGUAGACUCGGAACAUGAGCGGCAGUCAGCGAUUUCUCAGUGGCUUGGCUAUUGGCAGCAUCAGCGCAGUGGCGCUGUCCAUUGCUAUCGUGAAGGUCAAUCAAACGCAGAACACAUCUCCAGUGGUCGUGACUGUGGGAAAUCAGCCGUCACCGUAUCAAUCUAGAUUCCAGGAAAUUAUGGGGUUUGGCCUACCGCCGGAAAAUCGUGUCAGCAUCUUUGAGAACCAUGCCUUACACUACUCGAAUGAGAAGCGCACACCUCGCUGGGUGGCGGAGCAUCUCACUAAGACCAAUUUGCUAAAGGUGGAAGGUGUAAAUCGCAAGCAUUCAUCUUUUGCUGCAGACAGAGACAUAUUGGAGCAAUUUCGGCCUGCACCCGACGAGUACUACAAGACUGGUUGGUCACGUGGCCAUAUGGCUCCAGCUGCUGAUUGCAGAAGCUCCCAAUCAGCCAUGAAUCAGACAUUUCUCCUCUCGAACAUUGUACCGCAAGACAGAGACAACAAUGAGAAGUACUGGGCAAAUCUGGAGUCAUUCUGCCGUGGCUUGACUGAUUUCUUCGACGAUGUGUACGUUUUGUCUGGUCCACUAUACCUGCCACAGCGUCGGCCUGAUGGGAGUCGAUAUGUUCAGUAUGAGAUCAUUGGCAAGAGUGACAUUGCUGUCCCAACACAUCUAUUCAAGGUUAUCUUGGCUGUACGCUCUGGCCAGCAGCCCGUUCUAGGCGCAUUCAUCGUACCGAACAGCCCGAUCCCGGCAACUACACCCCUUCCUAAGUUCCAGGUACCACUGCAAGAGGUUGAGAGAGUAGCGGGACAAGUCUUUCUGCCAGAGCUUGACCGUAGCAAGGUGAAAGACCUAUGA